AUCAUCUGAGUUCUUUCCGAAGUUAGUCUGUCUUUGUUGUGGACGUGAGAUUUUGGCUCUCUCAAAUAAGUUGUUUAUAAUUCGAGAAUUUAGUCAUCUUCAUGAGCAUGGUCAAUCUAAGCGGUGGUAGAGGUAGCGGAAGCGACCGUUACGGUAGCAGUGGUGGAGGAGGUCCUGGCGGAGGAGCUGGUGGCAGCAGCAACGGUUAUGGCGGAAAUUCUGGUGGCAGCAGUAAUGGCUAUGGCGGUUAUAGCCGUAACGAUAGCAGUCGCAGUAGUUAUGGUGGAGGCCGUGGAAGCUAUGGGGGCGGGGGAAGUGGAGGAGCACGACGUGGUGGAGCUGGAGGUGGUGGUGGAUACGGACUAGACCGCUACUCCAACUCUCAGAGCGGGGGACCUGGGAACAACCUCAAGAAAGUAGAUUGGUCAAGGGUCAAUCUUAUUCCAUUCAAGAAAAACUUCUAUUCGCCUUCGCCAGUGCUCAUGCAACGCUCACAAGCUGAAGUUGAUGAAUAUAGGGCAAGGAUGGAGAUCACCGUGAAAGGAUACGAUGUCCCCAAACCAAUUCAGAACUUCAGCGAUUAUGAGCUGCCUGACUUUGUACUUGCUGAAGUGCGUCGUCAAAACUAUGAAGCUCCCACUGCCAUUCAAGCUCAGGGUUGGCCUCUGGCCCUCUCUGGUAAAGACGUUGUUGGCAUUGCCAAAACAGGCUCCGGCAAGACUCUGGGCUUCAUCAUGCCUGCCAUUGUGCAUAUCAAUCAUCAACCUGCACUCAAAUUUGGCGAUGGUCCCAUUGUUCUUGUGUUGGCCCCCACCAGGGAACUGGCCCAACAAAUUUUUUCAGUUGCCAAGGACUUUGGAUCUUCCUCUAGAAUUAGGCCUGUAUGUCUGUUCGGCGGUGCUCCUAAAGGACCUCAAAUCAGGAGUCUUCAUGACGGUGCAGAGAUCUGCAUCGCAACUCCUGGUCGUCUCCUGGACAUCUUGGAAAUGGGCAAGACUAACUUGUCUCGCUGCACGUAUCUCGUUCUCGAUGAGGCUGAUCGUAUGCUCGACAUGGGCUUUGAACCACAAAUCCGCAAAAUCAUCACUCAAAUUCGGCCUGACAGACAAACCCUGAUGUGGUCUGCGACGUGGCCUCGCGAGGUGCGAAAACUUGCUGAAGAUUUCCUCAAGGAUUAUACGCAACUUAAUGUCGGAUCUAUGGACCUCUCCGCCAAUCACAACAUUUUGCAAAUCGUUGACGUUUGCCGUGACGCCGACAAGGAAAACAAGCUUAUGAAGCUUCUUAAUGAAAUGACUCAAGAGAAGACUCACAGAACCAUUAUUUUCUGUCAGACUAAGAAAAAAGUAGACAGCGUCACACGUGGCAUGAGGAGAAGCGGAUUCCCUGCAAUGGGUAUUCACGGUGACAAAUCACAGCCAGAACGAGACUGGGUAUUAAAAGAAUUCCGGUCUGGCAAAUCCCCCAUCCUCGUCGCUACGGACGUCGCUGCUCGCGGUUUGGAUGUGGAUGACGUAAAGUUCGUCAUUAAUUACGAUUUCCCUAACGGCACCGAAGACUACAUUCAUCGUAUUGGCCGUACCGGACGUUCAGGCAAGAAGGGCACAGCCUACACGUUCUUCACGCACGGCGAUGCCAACAAAGCCACCGAUCUCGUCGCUGUCCUCCAGGAAGCCAAGCAAAUCGUCAAUCCCGAACUGGCUGAAUUGGCAGCAAUGAAAUCUUGGGGAAGCGUUGGUGGUCGCAGUCGCUGGGGAGGCGGCGGUGGUGGUGGAGGUCGUCGUGGUGGCGGUGGUUACGGUGGCCGCCGUUAUUGAGAGUCCUGCUGACUAGGCUGGUGAUCUGGAUGAUCGUAAUAUUCCAUGAAUGUCGUCGUUCGUCGUCUUGAGCACCUACGUGAAUACGUUUUUGAGUAUCGGAUGCCUAGCAUUACAGACUCAGAAAUGUUUUUGUUUGUUUUAUUUUCAUAGGAUUAUUUAUCAUUCUUCGAUGUUCGAGCGCUCGCCCAUUAAAGCCGUGUAGUCCAGUCCUAAUGUCGGCUGACACUUUACAUAGUAGCGUGAAAUAAGCACCAGCGAUGCUUGAGUUAUUUCCAAUUUAUGUUCUGUAUGGUUGUUGCGAAGUGCAUUUAGAUCUAUUUAUUGUCCAUCUCUAUCUGUAUCAUCUAUCGUGGAUCGUAUGUUUUGUUCUCAUAAUGCGUCUGCUCUACUUCGGAUAUCUCGAUUCUGUUAUUGUGCAUCGCUACAAGUAUCCUCUACCUUGCACAACAUUAUUCUUUCUCAUAAGCGUAUGCUCUAUUUCGGAUAUCUCGAUUCUAUUAUUGUGCAUCGCUAUCAGUAGCCUCUACUGUGCAUCACAUUUUUCGUUCUCAAGAAGCGACUGCUCUACUUCGGCUAUCUCGAUUAUGUAACCAAAGCAUAGAUUAGUUUUUUGGUAUUAAAUACGAGCGAAUU